AAGCAACUCAACAAAAUGCGUGAAUGCAUCUCCGUCCACGUGGGCCAGGCUGGUGUCCAGAUUGGAAAUGCCUGCUGGGAGCUGUACUGCCUGGAACACGGCAUCCAGCCUGACGGCCAGAUGCCUGCUGACCAAACCCUCGGCCGAGGGGAUGAUUCCUUCAACACCUUCUUUAGUGAGACCGGAGCUGGGAAGCACAUCCCCAGAGCCAUCUUUGUGGACUUGGAGCCCACCGUCAUUGACGAGGUGCGCACUGGAACCUACCGCCAGCUGUUCCACCCGGAGCAGCUGAUCACCGGUAAGGAGGACGCUGCAAACAACUACGCCCGGGGUCACUACACCAUCGGAAAGGAGAUCAUCGACCCUGUUCUGGACCGGAUCCGCAAGUUGGCGGACCAGUGCACCGGUCUUCAGGGCUUCCUGGUCUUCCACAGCUUCGGUGGAGGAACCGGUUCUGGUUUCACCUCCCUGCUGAUGGAGCGUCUGUCGGUGGACUACGGCAAGAAGUCCAAGCUGGAGUUCUCAGUCUACCCGGCCCCUCAGGUGUCCACGGCUGUGGUGGAGCCCUACAACUCCAUCCUGACCACCCACAGCACCCUGGAGCACUCRGACUGCUCCUUCAUGGUGGACAACGAGGCCAUCUACGACAUCUGCCGCAGGAACCUGGACAUMRAGCGUCCCACCUACACCAACCUGAACCGGCUCGUCAGCCAGAUCGUGUCCUCCAUCACCGCCUCCCUGCGCUUCGACGGYGCCCUGAACGUGGACCUGACYGAGUUCCAGACCAACCUGGUGCCGUACCCCCGGAUCCACUUCCCCCUGACCACCUACGCCCCGGUCAUCUCUGCUGAGAAGGCGUACCACGAGCAGCUGACGGUGGGGGAGAUCACCAGCGCCUGCUUCGAGCCCGCCAACCAGAUGGUGAAGUGUGACCCUCGCCACGGCAAGUACAUGGCCUGCUGCCUGCUGUACCGUGGAGACGUGGUGCCGAAAGACGUUAACGCCGCCAUCGCCAACAUCAAGACCAAACGCUCCGUCCAGUUUGUGGACUGGUGUCCCAC